UCCAGCAACAAUGAGGCUAACCGCCACAGCCCUGGUGAUCCUCUCCACCAUCCUGCUCAUCCGAGCCCAAGCCCUGGGCCCGCGACUGCGGCGCCCCGAGCGUCUUCACAACGCUGAACAACUGAGCAACUAUCUGAAGGAACUGCAGGAGUAUUAUUCGGUGCACGGCCGCGGCAGAUAUGGCAAGCGACAAAUGCACAUAGCAGACGCAUCAGUAAUCUUCCGGGAGGUGCCGCUAAACGAACACAAUCUAAAUGAAGAUCCACUGUGGAAGAAUUUAGCCAACACCUUAAAUAAUUAAAUGAAACCAUUUAGUAUGACAAAAUAUCCUGAAAGAAAUAACUAAACAAUUGAAAUGCAAAUUAAAAGUCCAAAAAAACAGAUAGUUACACCUUUCUUGGUUAGUAAUAUAUACAUGUUUCUAGUCAUAUAUUAUUGAUUCCACAUAAAUAGAAUUAUUCAAAAUAAAUUACCUUUCUGUUUGUCUGGGUCGCACAGGGAUCUUUGAUAGCUGAAACUUGUCUAGUCAAUUUGCUAUGCCAUAAUCAUAAUAGAAAGCAGUGGGUGUCGCAAAAUGUU